GAUGGAAGAGAAAACUUAGCAAGUUGAAGUUUGGCAUUAAAAUAAAGGACUCGCCACCACUCUGUGCACCUUCUUGAAGGAGUUCAUUCCUCCGCAGCGCCUCACAGCUUAGUGCGCCUGCGCACGCGCGAGCUGCGGCCCCGCCUCUCCAUUGGGGACGGGAGACGUGCGUCGGCUCGCAGGACGCGGGCUGCGCAUGCGCCUUCAUUUCGUCAGCCCGCUGCUGCGUGCUGCCAGCGGGAACCGCGGACUGGGGGGUUUUCGCUGCCGUGUUCCCCGAGCUUGUUAGGCGGAGCGCGCCGGGAGACAGAGAGGAAAGGAUAGAGGAAGUGCUGCCCUAGGCUACAUGAGUCGAAGCAAGCGUAUUUCCUUCCCGCCAGGCAAGUGCCCAUAGAAACCGGGCCCCGCCCCCUUCCUGGCCUGCAUUCCCAUCCCCUCUCCCGGGGCGGAGGUGACGACCUCCUUGGUUCCUCUGGUUCUGUCAGUGAGCCCAUUCCUUGGCCAUGAAGCUCGUGAGGAAGAACAUCGAGAAAGACAAUGCGGGCCAGGUGACCCUGGUCCCCGAGGAGCCUGAGGACAUGUGGCACACUUACAACCUCGUGCAGGUGGGCGACAGCCUGCGCGCCUCCACCAUCCGCAAGGUACAGACAGAGUCCUCCACGGGCAGCGUGGGCAGCAAUCGGGUCCGCACUACCCUCACUCUCUGCGUGGAGGCCAUCGACUUCGACUCUCAAGCCUGCCAGCUGCGGGUUAAGGGGACCAACAUCCAAGAGAAUGAGUAUGUCAAGAUGGGGGCUUACCACACCAUCGAGCUGGAGCCCAACCGCCAGUUCACCCUGGCCAAGAAGCAGUGGGAUAGUGUGGUACUGGAGCGCAUCGAGCAGGCCUGUGACCCAGCCUGGAGCGCUGAUGUGGCGGCUGUGGUCAUGCAGGAAGGCCUCGCCCAUAUCUGCUUAGUCACUCCCAGCAUGACCCUCACUCGGGCCAAGGUGGAGGUGAACAUCCCUAGGAAAAGGAAAGGCAAUUGCUCUCAGCAUGACCGGGCCUUGGAGCGGUUCUAUGAACAGGUGGUCCAGGCUAUCCAGCGCCACAUACACUUUGAUGUUGUAAAGUGCAUCCUGGUGGCCAGCCCAGGAUUUGUGAGGGAGCAGUUCUGCGACUACAUGUUUCAACAAGCAGUGAAGACCGACAACAAACUGCUCCUGGAAAACCGGUCCAAAUUUCUUCAGGUACAUGCCUCCUCCGGACACAAGUACUCCCUGAAAGAGGUCCUUUGUGACCCUACUGUAGCUAGCCGCCUUUCAGACACUAAAGCUGCUGGGGAAGUCAAAGCCUUGGAUGACUUCUAUAAAAUGUUACAACAUGAACCGGAUCGAGCUUUCUAUGGACUCAAGCAGGUGGAGAAGGCCAAUGAAGCCAUGGCAAUUGACACAUUGCUCAUCAGCGAUGAGCUCUUCAGGCAUCAGGAUGUAGCCACACGGAGCCGGUAUGUGAGGCUGGUGGACAGUGUGAAAGAGAAUGCAGGCACCGUUAGGAUAUUCUCUAGUCUUCACGUUUCUGGGGAACAGCUCAGCCAGUUGACUGGGGUCGCUGCCAUUCUCCGCUUCCCCGUUCCCGAACUCUCUGACCAAGAAGAUGAUUCCAGUUCUGAAGAGGAUUAAUGAUUGAAACUUAAAAUUGAGACAAUCUUGUGUUUCCUAAACUGUUACAGUGCAUUUCUCAGCAUCCUUGUGACAGAAAGCUGCAAGAAUGGCACUUUUUGAUUCAUACAGGGAUUUCUUAUGUGUUUGGCUACACUAGAUAUUUUGUGAUUGGCAAGACAUGUAUUUAAACAAUAAACUAAAAGGAAAUAAUCUCCACGUA